AUGUUAAAAUAAAGAUUUUAAAAUAAAAUAGUAGUAGUAACCGCAUCAUCAACAGGAAUAGGCUUCGAUAUAUCAAGGAGAUUAGCUUUAGAAGGUGCUACUGUUGUAAUAAAUUCCCGAAGUUAAGAAAACGUAAACAAAGCAGUAGAAGAAAUAACAAAACAAGGAGGAAAAGCUUUUGGUUUAGUAUGUAAUGCUGGAAAAGAGUCUGAUAGAAAAAAAUUGAUUGAUUUCACUGUAAAAUAAUUCGGAGGAAUCGAUAUAUUAAUUCCUAAUGCUGCAGUUUCUUUAUAUAUGGGAACUUUUACAGAUACUCCUGAAAAAGCCAUGGAUAAAAUGUACGAAGUUAAUUAUAAAGGAGUUCUAUUUUUAAUAAAGGAAGCACUUCCUUAUAUGAAAAAUAGAAAAGGAGCUAAUAUUAUACUUAUAAGUUCAAUAUCGGGUUACGAACAAAUAAAUAUGAUUGGAUUCUAUGGAAUAACUAAGACUAUGGUUUUAUGUAUGAAUAAAUUACUGGCAAAUGAAUUAUAAAAUGAUAAUAUUAGAGUCAAUUGUGUAGCACCGGGUCUUAUUAAAACUAAGUUUUCAGAAUAAUUAUGGAAAAAUGAUAUAAAUAUUAGUCCAAAUUCUAAUGAGCAAAAAUUAGGAGUUCCUGAAGAUGUAUCGGCUUCAGUAGCUUUUUUGGCAAGUGAUGAAGCUUCUUUCAUUACAGGUGAGUGUAUAUCUAUGGCAGGAAGGCCUUUAGCAAGACUAUGA